AUGGUUGGCACUACUGUCCUUCUCUUCUCCACCACCCCCACCAUCUACGAACCCACCACCUAUGAGCAAGCACUUGCCUGUCUUGAUGCACCUCUCUGGAUCGAGGCCAUGGUCAAGGAGAGCAACGCCUUUAUCAGCAACCGCUCGUUUCUCGACCUGCUGCACUCAGCGGCGUCGCUGCUGCGCGCCGUGGAGCGGAGCUGCUCCGUGCUGCCAGCGCUGCAGUGGGCGGCGCUGCAGGAGGUGCUGCCGCGCUGCCACUCGCUGCUUGCUGCUGCUGCCAGCCUGCACCGCCGCACACGACAUGAUGGCAGCGUGGUCCCGCGUGCACUUGCAGCUACUGCAGUGGGGCUGGGUGAGGGAGGGGGAGCAGUGGCAGCGGCAUCGACAGCAGCAGCGGGUAAUUCAGUGAGCAGUCCUCCGUGGAGCUCCUCCUCCACCUCCCCCGCCUCCUCUGCCCCCCCCCACGCCACUGCUGCGCCUGGUGCAUGUGGGGGGGAUAGUGGUGGAGGCAGCAGCAUGGAAGAGGAUGGGGCUGGCAGGCACAUGGGCGAGGAUGGGGCUGGCAGGCACAUGGGCGAGGAUGGGGCUGGCAGGCACAUGGGCGGGGCAGUGCAAGGGAGGGGCGCACAGGCGGAUGAGGGCAGGGCGCAGGGCAGCGAGGAUGCGAGCAGCGGGGCCGGCUGUGAGCGUAGAGCAGGGGGGGGGUCAGGGUGGGGUGCCUCCGCUGCUGCUGCUGCCGAUGUUGAUGGGGGCGACGCCUGUGUGCCAGUUGCCACCUCCGGUGCGCAUGGCCAUGCGUCCCAGCAAUCUCAGCACGCUCAGCAGCGUGUGGGGGCACAAGGGGAUGCGGUGUGUGGUGAACUCCCUGACACCGUCCAUGCGCCUCCUGCCUGCACGCCCACUCACCCCGCAGGUGCCCCUGCUCCCCCAUGCUCCGUCUCCUCUCACCCCACCACCACUCAUGCCCUCGUGUGCGUCCCACCGCCACCCACACUGCACGCGGCUCCCAGCGCUCCCCCCACUGACGCCACCCCGUGUGGGGCAGCCACCCCACGAGGGCCCACUGUGCCGUCCUUCCCUCGCUUCUCACCAUUUGCCGCGGCAGACUCCCCCACCCCCGCUGCAGGCACCCCCCUGCACGUGCCCUGGGCGGCAAGGGCAGCGGGGCACCGAGUGAGUCACAGCAUGGACGGCAGCAGUGGCGUGGCGUCGGGGCUGAGCGGCGGCGCGCGGCAGCAGUUUGAGGAGAGCAGGCGGAGGCAGCAGCAGGCCGUGCAGGCGUGCGUGCAGGCGCUGCAGGGCGGGCUGUUCUCCCCUUAUGGCCGCACGCCUCACAGCGCGGGGCAUGCUGCCACCAGCAGGUGGCGAGGGGGGGCAGCAGAAGGCAACAGGGACAGAUGUGUGCGGGGUGGCAGUGGGAAAGGAGGAGAGCGAGCAGGGGAAGAGGGUGCUGGGGGCAGGAGAGGGGAGGGGGUUGAACAGAGGGAAGGUAAUGGAGGGGCUAAAGCGGGGGGAGGUUGGGAAUGGGGAGGACGAGAGGGAGUGGCUGGGAGAGGCGAGGGAGGGCAGGGGCACGAGCGGAGUCGCAGCUUGGAUGUGGAUGCCAUGGCGCAGCUGUGGCCGCCGCUGCACCAUGCUGCUGUCCCCCCUCAUGGCACGACGGCAGGGCAGGCGAGUGGUGGCAGUGAGCGGGGGAGGAGGGGCACCGGUACACACCCCAUCGACCCCACUGCUCCUGCUGCCGCAUCUCCUCACGCCCACUCGCCUCACCUGCCGCCCAAAUCUCCCUCACCACAGCCAAAGGGCCGCUUUCCUCCCUUCCCCCACGACGCAACACCCUCUCCGCAUCCCCCCCUCGCCCAUGCGCACCUCCUGUCCAACCCCCCGUUCCAGGCACCCAUCUCGCCCCACCCCGCUGCUGCCACACGGCCCUGUGCCCCGCCCUCAUCCCCUGCUGCACCACCCUCCGCUCAUCCUCCCACACUGAAGUCAGAGGGUGUGGGGGCAGCAGAGGAGAGGGCAGUGGAGGAGAUAACGUGCCUCUUCUCCACACACUUCUCUGCCCCCUCUGCACCCUCGCACAGGUCGGUGUGUGCAGCACCGCAUGGCGCCACACCGCAUGGCGCCACACCGCAUGGCGCCACACCGCAUGGCGCCACACCGCAUGGCGCCACACCGCAUGGCGCCACACAAGCUCAACCCACCCCGCAUGGAACAAAAGGCUGUGCCAUACGCACACCCCAUCCUGCGCUUUCAGGCUGUGCUGCACCGCAAGCAGUGCAUGCCACCCUCAAUGCGGCCUCGCACCCGCCACCGUGCUGUGCUGCUGCUUGCCCUGCCAAUGCCACGGGUGCGGCGGAUAGUGUGGAAGUCCAGUCCACAGUGGCAGGGGUUGCGGGCGAAGCCACUCCAGCUCAUGACACAGGCAUGGCAGCAAGUGGCGGCAUGGGUGCAGCGGGUGGCGGCAUGGGUGCAGCGGGUGGCGGCAUGGGUGCAGCGGUGCCACCCAAGCCGCGGUCGCGCAAAAAGAUGAUGUCCCGGCGAGAGUGGCUGUAG